AUGAUUGAAGAUUGCAGCAUCUUUUUGAUAAAGACAGCAUUAGACCUGUACAUUUUUGAAGCAGAAUUCGGCGAGCAAAAAGAAGCCAGUGCAAGACGGAAGAGAAAUAGGAUAAAGCUUGAUAAUGGGGAAUGGUCAUAUGAUGCCAAGGAAAUCAUGGAGAUGGAGAACGGGUCGGGAGGACAUUGCAAAAACGCCAGUGGAGGUCUGGUCUCAAAGUCUAGUCUUUCUUCUCCUAUCAUUGCCUUUGGGGAACGAGCAGCACCAAGUUCCUCUAGGGGUAGUGGAGCCGGACCAAGUCAACCACCACUAGUAGCAGCAGCCCAACCACCUCAACCACCACCACCACCACCACCAGCCCAACCACCUCUACCACCACUAAGUACAAGGCCUGUCCCAAGAAGGGGCCCAAUUGGUAGAAGUGGACGGAGGCAAUAUUCUGUAAGGAUUGUCAAAAUGGAAUUGAGGACGAACAUACCUAGGGUUGGGAGCAGUGCAGAGAACCCUGCAGUCCUUGAUUAA